CAUACUGUAAACAUCACAGUUGUGUGCAGCUCCCGUUAAAUAUUGUUUAAAAAUCAUUUACGCUCACUUAUUAAUAUAAAAACACCAAGAAGUUUAAACUAAAGUGCUGUGAAUAUUGUGGAAGUGUUGAUUUCGCACAAUUCUGUAUAUUGGAUUGCAUUUUCGAGCAAGACGCCGACUGGAUUACUGAAUUGAGGUUAGAAGUUCUGUCAAAAGUGUCAAGACGACAAGACGUAAUCUGACGUACGUCAGAUACGGUACGACAUACGUCUCAGUGUUGCCAAUCCAAGAAAAAUAAAAACUUUUGCUCAGUACGUUCCAUUACACUCGUAAUAAAAUCGCAAAAAUGGAUGAUCAAUUUCAACUUUUAUUUGAUAAAUUGCAAAUCGAAAUGCAAAAACAAAAUAUGGAACUACAAACCACUAUUACAAAGAACAUAAUGGAAAGCAUGGACGAAAAACUGCACCCUAUCAUAGCAGAAAAUAAAAUCUUGAAAACAAAAUUAGAAAAACUCGAGAUAGAGGUAGAAAGUUUGAAAAGAGCAAAGAAACAAAACAAUUUAAUAUUUUUUGGAAUAAAAGAAGACGAAAAAUCUAACCUGGAACUAUUACAAAAAGUGAAAAAAAUUUUGAAAACCGACUUGAGCAUUAAAUUAGAAGAUUAUGAAGUAAGUAAUAUUUACAGAAUUGGAAAGAAGCCAAGUGAUAAAGCAAGACCCACUUUGGUUACCUUCGUGAACGAAUGGAAAAAGAAUGAAGUAAUGAAAAUGAAGAAAAAUCUUAAAGAUAUAUACAUUUCGGAGGAUUAUACUAAAGAUGUUCUAGAAAAAAGAAAAAUGCUGCAGCCGCAACUGAUGGAGGAGAGAAAGAAAGGAAAUAUAGCAUAUCUAAAAUUCGACAAAAUAAUAAUAAAAGGAAAUAAUAUAAAAAAUGACAAACGGAAAAGAGAAACAUCAACAUCUCCUCAAUGUAAUAACCAGCCGAAGAAACAACAAAACUUAAUGCCGUCGAACAUUAGCAGGUUAAAUGCUUAUGAUUUAAUGAGGUUUAGAAGCAACUCUCUCCCGUCUACUUCAACUGAUAAUAAACAAUAGCAAUUAAAACUUGGCACACGGAAAACACAACAAUCUUAUAAUAAAAAUAACAUAACAACAACAAAACACAACACUCCCCCAAGCCGACUGGUCCUCGUGGGGGAUAAAGACCACAACCCUCCAACAACGCGGGGAAAAAACCACAGAGAAACAACAAUAUAUGUAGCAGCCCUUAACGUACUCACGCUAAAAAACGAAGAAAACCUUAUAGAACUAACAAAUGCAUUAGAACAGGUGAAUUGGGAUAUCGUCGGCCUCAGUGAAGUAAGGCGAAUGGGUGAAAGAAUUACCUCUCAAUCAGACUUCUUACUUUACCACAUAGGAACGACGCCAGGCCAACAUGGCGUCGGCUUCAUUGUUAAAAAAUAUCUUGAAACCUCUAUAGAAGGAUUUAUUGGAAUAUCGGAGCGCAUAGCAAUGAUGAAUUUGAAGUUACCAGGAUACAAAGACUCAUGGUCUAUUCUGCAAGUCUAUUCGCCUACAGAACAAUCAGACUUAGAAACAAUAGAGAAAUUCUACCUUGACUUAAAUAACAC